UACACUGUGGAGGAAUUAGAAGCAUGCAUGUGGAUACACGAUCAACAUUUAACAAAAGGCCCAGCAUUCCCCAUCAUCCGCCUCGCUGGCGGGAGCAGCGUGCAUGAAGGCCGAGUGGAGCUCUACCAUGCUGGUCAGUGGGGGACCAUCUGUGACGACCAGUGGGAUGAUGCGGAUGCAGAAGUGAUCUGCAGGCAGCUGGGCCUGAGUGGCAUUGCCAAAGCAUGGAAUCAGGCAUAUUUUGGGGAAGGAUCUGGUCCAGUGAUGUUGGAUGAAGUACGUUGCACUGGGAAUGAGCUUUCUAUUGAGCAAUGUUCAAAGAGUUCCUGGGGAGAGCAUAACUGUGACCACAAGGAAGAUGCUGCAGUGUCCUAUACCCCUCUAACAGAUGGGGUCAUCAGACUUGCAGGUGGUGAUGGCCGCCACGAGGGUCGCCUGGAGGUGUAUUAUGGCGGGCAGUGGGGAACUGUCUGUGAUGAUGGUUGGACUGUGCUGAAUACAUACGUGGUUUGCCAGCAGCUGGGGUUUAAGUAUGGCAGACAAGCCUCUGCAAGCCACUUUGAGGAAAGCGUGGGGCCCAUAUGGUUGGAUGAUGUCUGCUGCUCAGGCAAGGAAACCAGUGUCCUUCAGUGUUCCCGGAGACAGUGGGGGAGGCAUGACUGCAGCCAUCGGGAAGACGUUGGUAUCGCCUGCUACCCUAGUGGCGAUGGGCAGAGACUCUCUUUGGGUUUUCCUAUCAGACUGAUGGAUGGAGAAAAUAAGAAAGAAGGACGAGUGGAGGUUUUUAUCAACGGCCAGUGGGGAACAAUUUGUGAUGGUGGGUGGAGUGAUAAAGAUGCAGCUGUGAUCUGUCGCCAGCUUGGCUACAAGGGUCCUGCCAGAGCAAGAACCAUGGCUUAUUUUGGGGAAGGAAAAGGACCCAUCCAUGUGGAUAAUGUGAAGUGCGCAGGAAAUGAGAGGUCCCUGGCUGACUGUAUCAAAAAGGAUAUUGGAAGACACAACUGCCGCCACAGUGAAGAUGCAGGAGUUAUUUGUGAUUAUUUUGGUAAAAAAGCAUCAGGUAACAGUAAUAAAGAGUCCCUCUCAUCCGUUUGUGGUUUGAGAUUACUGCACCGUCGGCAGAAGCGGAUCAUUGGUGGGAAAAAUUCUUUGAGGGGUGGCUGGCCUUGGCAAGUGUCCCUUCGACUGAAGUCACGCCAUGGAGAUGGCAGGCUCCUCUGUGGGGCCACACUCCUGAGCAGCUGCUGGGUCCUUACAGCAGCACACUGCUUCAAGAGGUAUGGGAACAGCACUAGGAGCUAUGCCAUUCGAGUUGGGGAUUAUCAUACUCUGGUGCCAGAGGAAUUUGAAGAACUUGGAGUUGAACAGAUCGUUAUUCACCAGGAUUAUCGACCUGAUGUCAGUGACUAUGAUAUCGCCCUGGUUAGGCUACAGGGACCAGAAGAGCAAUGUGCCAGGUUCAGCAGUCAUGUUUUGCCAGCCUGUUUGCCAUUCCGGAGAGAAAAGCCUCAGAGAACAGCCUCCAACUGUUACAUAAUGGGAUGGGGAGACACAGGACGAGCCUAUUCAAGAACCCUACAACAAGCAGCCAUACCUUUACUUCCCAAGAGGUUCUGUGAAGAACGUUAUAAAGGGUCGGUUUACAGGAAGGAUGCUCUGUGCUGGAAAUCUCCAUGAACACAAACAUGUGGACAGCUGCUAAGGAGACAGCAGAGGACCCCUCGUGUGUUCGGCCAGGAGAGAGCUGGGUUGUAUAUGGGGUGACCUCCUGGGGGUAUGGCUGUGGAGUCAAGAACUCACCUGGUGUUUAUACUAAAGUCUCUGCUUUCGUACCUUGGAUAAAAAGUGUCACCAAAUUGUAAUUCAUGGACACCUCAAGGGAAACUAUGUAAAGAUUCUGGUGGAAAAUUUUCAACCUCCACACUAGCACUUAAGCAGAGAUGCCAACUAAUGGGGACUGAGAUCCAUGUUUUGUGUUGUGAUAAAAAUUGUGUACCCCUUUACUGCUUGAGAAAUUUGUGAUGUGAACAAUUUUGGUCAGAUACUUGGUGUAGUACUUUUUAUCCUUAAUUAGCAUUGCUGCCUUUCCAGAUUGGUGUCCUGAGACUUAAAUUCCUUAUUCCCAUUUGAGCCUUAACUUAGCUCUGCCUAUUUGUCAGCAUUCUCCAGUGAUUUUUUAUAUUGCUUGUGCAAUAAGGCUGUUUUUACACUUGGAUUGAGAAUGCUAUAACUGAAUCAGUAUAGUAUAUGAAUUCAUAUUAAAUGCCCCCUUGACAUAAAAUACUCAUUACUACACUCAAAAUAAGAGCGGCAUUGUUUAAUUUCUAAGAUUUUUUUCAGAAGGCUGACAAGAUAUCUUCAGUCUCUAUAGCCUUUGUUACAUGAGGAACUCAGGGCCAAAAAAAAAAAAGGAAUUCCAUUAUAAACCUAGGCUGGUUUAAUAGUCACAGUACGUUCCUAAAUGAAGCUGUUGUACACAAGCACAAUGGCAACAAUGACAAAAAACACCUUUUAGCGUACCUUGUAUGUCACUAGAAAGUUUGGAGUAAUUCCCAAUAUAAGAAUGCCUUCAAGUUGCUGAAUGUACAACCUCAUUUUCUACCCUACUUGUUAAUAUUAUCUACUUUUGAUUAUUUAAUAACCACUUCAGAUAUUUAAGUUGGUAGACUCUUCUUAGCAUCGUGCUCCUUUUCUGGGCCAGAAUGUUAAGAGUGCCAUCUACUGCAACUCUCUGGUAACUGACAUGAACCUGUUGAUUUCCUGACUCACCCAUACAGUCGUAUCUUACAAAAAUGCACUAUUAAAAAUUCUUCCCCUGACUAUACAGUGGGAAAGAAAAUGCUCUAAAAUAACCUUUCAACCAAUUUGAUUCAUACACCAGUUUGUAUAUCCAAGUGAUAGAUGAAUCAAGAGGUAAAGAGGUCAGUGUGAACUUAACGGUAGCAAUCCUUUUAAAUAGCUAAGUCAUCACGGAGGGACUUUACCCCUUUCCCUUCUACAGCAAAUUCUUUUGUAAAUCCUCAGCUUUCUUAAAAACUGGUGCUAACCUAAAGGUGUUUUGUAGUUUACUACCUUGCAUAACUGCAAUGCUGUGUCAGGCAGAAAGCAUUAAAACUUUUCUAAAAACUCAUGAUUUUGAUAAAGGAGGAACUUUUCAAACUUUUACAUCUAUAGGAUACAGCUGCAGACAGUGCACAUUUGUUCAAAGGUUUGGGGAAAAAGUGCAGUAAAGCCAAGAAAACCUACCUUUACUGAAACUUUCUCACAGGCCACCAUUACAAUUAGUGUGAAUGAAAGCAACACUGAUAUUUAAAUUUUAACUAGACCUGAGAAUGGGAAACUUAAAGGACAGUAACAGGUGGCCUCAAACAUCUGAGGAUAGGGUUCAUAAAAUAUGCCUUUAUUAUAGCUAACUUUUUCUUGUUAACGUGUGAUUUUUGAAAGAUAAGUGUUCAGUGCACAUUUGUGUAAAUAAAGUGCACAGCUGUUCACUUAUAUAGCCGCCUUGAUCUUUGACUGUUCUUUCCCCCUCAGGGGUAACCUGGUUUUUAUGUUAUCAGUUUUCCCCCAAAAUGCUGUACCGUCUUACAGUACUCAUUC